AUGGGUCUCAAGUGGGCAUCGGUAUUGUUGCUCAUCGGUUUAUCCAAAGCAGAGAAAAGCAUCGUGCACGGGUCCCUCAUAUCUGCCGUAGCACAAGGGGCGUCUCUGGGUAUUGAAGGUAGUGGUGCCCCCGUCGAUACCGGAGGAGAGAAUACAGGCUUGUAUCAGUCUCCACCUUACAACAGCGCGCGGAUCGACCGUAGCAGCUGGAUAGCAACAUGCGACAGCGAGCUGGUCGGACAUGAAUGUAUCAAUGCGAUCGACGGCGACAAUAGCACGUACUGGCACAGCGGUGACGACACCAACGGUAUUGCGUCCCUUCCUCACAACAUCACUAUCAAUCUCGGGACAGUACAGAAUGUGAGCGGGAUUGCCGUGUGGCCAAGAGCCGUGGAAGAUGGUUGGAUUGGGACACAUGAUGUUUCCCUUAGCACUGAUGGGGUAACCUGGGGAGAUCCAGUCGCACAUGGGGCAUGGUGGCCUGAUUCGACCGUGAAGCUGGCUGUGUUUGAGCCUAAAGCGGUGCAGUAUGUGAGGCUCAUUGCGCGUUCCUCGUCCAAUGGAGACAAUGCAACUAGUAUUGCAGACCUACAAAUCUGGUCGGCGAACAGCAUUCCCACAGCGCCACAGGGAAAACGCCUCAGUGAAGUUGGCGCCUGGGGGCCAACGAUCGACUUCCCUCUCGUCCCAGCCUCUGCGGCCAUCGAGCCCAGUUCCGGGAAGGUGCUCGUCUGGUCUUCAUAUCGAAAGAACCAGUAUGGGGGUACCAGUGGUGGCUUAACGCAAACUGCCACGUGGGAUCCGAAUACGGGCGUUGUCUCACGGCGCGAAGUCUCCGAUACCGAGCAUGAUAUGUUCUGUUCUGGUAUCUCCAUGGAUGUCAAUGGGCGCGUGAUUGUCACUGGAGGAAAUGAUGACACCAUGACGAGUAUCUACGACUCUUUCAGCGACAGCUGGAUCGCUGGAGCACCGAUGAACGUCGAACGUGGCUACCAGGCUUCCACCAUCCUGUCCGACGGAAAUAUGUUUGUUCUGGGCGGUUCGUGGAACGGGCCGCAGCUUCAGAACAAGAACAGUGAGGUGUAUAAUGUCACGGCAGACACCUGGACUCAGUUGCCGAACGCCGGCUCACAGCCCAUGUUAACCCAUGACAACCUGGGUCCCUAUCAUGCAGACAACCAUGGCUGGAUUUUCGGUUGGAAGAACCUCUCGAUCUUCCAUGCCGGGCCGAGCCAGGCCAUGCACUGGUACUUCGCCCAGGGCGAAGGGAAUGUGACGAAUGCAGGCAAUCGAAGCACGGACUACGAUCAGAUGUCCGGCAAUGCGGUCAUGUUUGACGCCACCGGUGGGAGAAUCCUCACUUUUGGAGGUUCCCCAAACUAUGAGGAUUCGGAUGCUACAAAGAAUGCAACUCUCAUAACGAUAGGGGACCCUAACACCCCGCCGGUGACUGUGAAAGCAGGUGGUGACAUGGGAUACGCGCGGACGUUCCAUACUUCGGUUGUCUUGCCCGAUGGAAGUGUUUUUAUCACCGGUGGCCAGGCACAUGGCCUGCCCUUUAACGAGGACACGGCUCAAUUGACGCCAGAGCGAUACAUCCCUGAGGAGGACAGAUUCGUCGAACACUUUCCGAACAAUAUCGUCCGAGUUUACCACAGCUGGUCCCUUCUUCUCCCUGACGCGACGGUGAUUAAUGGUGGCGGUGGAUUGUGUGCCAACUGCACCGCCAACCACUAUGAUGCCCAGAUCUAUACUCCGCCAUAUUUGUUUGACGCGGAUGGAAACCGUGCCCCACGGCCUCACAUCGAGACGGUGGCCCCAGCCAGCCUUCGGUAUGGCGGUCAAAUUACUAUCACUGCUGAUUCCCCUAUCAGUAACGCCUCCCUGAUCCGCUACGGCACCACAACACACACAGUGAACACCGACCAGCGUCGCAUCGAACUAGUGCUCGAAGAUGCCGGGACCAACAUGUACACAGCAGACAUCCCCAAUGAUCCUGGCGUUGCUCUUCCUGGAUACUACAUGCUGUUCGUCAUGAACGCAAACGGAGUGCCUAGCGUAUCGAAAAACGUCCAAAUUACUCUGUGA